GGACCCCGGGACCCUUGCGAUGAGCACCAGGACCCUGCCCAUGACUCUCCAGGACUCCGCGACACCGAGCCACUGCUUCCGGGACGGAUAUUGUGAAGCUGGUCUCUGCUCUGACAACACUUACUCGGAUCUCUGUGACCUCGACCGUUCUCUGUCUGCCCCGACCUUCGCUCCAUCCCGGGGGCCUUCCCUCAGGUCUCAGGCAGAAAGACCCCCCCCUUGCCAAAAUAAAGAGGAUUCGUUGAGCUUUUAUCCCUAAGGUGGCCCUUUUCACAUCUUCUUGUUGCUCAGAGGAGGGGCUGAGCAAGAGCUUUCCAGGUCCCGGACUUGUCCGGAGGCAAACCAAAACCAAACGCAUUCCCCUAGAGUCCAUUCGAUCUCUUAGCGACUCUAUAGGACAGAGUAGACCUGCUCCACAGGGUUUCCAAGGCUGUAAUCUUUACAGGGGACUGCCUGAUUUUUCUCCCGGAGAGCAGCUGGUGAGUUUGAACCGCCCACCUUUCGGUUAGCAGCUGAGUGCUUAACCACUGCGCCACGAGGGCUCCUGAAACAGGAGGCAAACCCGUUGCCGUCCAGUUGAUUCCGACUAAUAGCAACCUUAUAGGGCAGAGUAGAACUGUCCCAUAGGGUUUCCAAGGAGCACCUGGUGGAUUCGAACUGCAGACUGUAGCUGUAGCUCUUAACCGCUACAACACCAGGGUUUCUGAGGCACAAGGCAAAGGGCGUGCAUAACCUGACUUUUAUGUUGAUCCGGAAACUGGGAACAAUGAAGAUAUAAACCAUCCUGCAGAGCCCUCUAUUGUACCUCCUUUUUAUUUUUACCUUUCCUUCCCUAGUCGGGGAAACCCUGGUGGCAUGAUGGUUAAGUGCUACAGCUACUAACCUAAAAGUUCGUCCAGUUCAAAUCUGCCAGGCUCUCCUUGGAAACUCUAUGGGGCAGUUCUACUCUGUCGUAGAGGGUCGCUGAGUCGGAAUCAACUUGAUGGCAAAGGGUUUGGUUUGGUUUUGGUUUCCCUAGUCAGUGGUUAAGAGCUAUGGCUGCUAACCGAAAGGUUGGGAGUUCGAAUCCCCCAGGCGCUCCUUGAGAAACUCUAUGGGGGCAGUUCUAUUCUGUCCUAUAGGGUCGCUUUGAGUGGGAAUCAACUCGACCGCAACAGGUUUCCUUUAGUUUGGUAGUCAGAGGUAAAGGCGCCCUCCAGUGGCACAUACUUUGCUAAGCCACACACACCCCAGAGUUUGGGUUACGAUUCCCCCACUGCGCAUGCAUGAUCUCUUUUAAGGCUGAGGCCGUCACUGCUGCGCAUGCGGCUGGAAACAAAUGGGCGGGGAAGUUGCCGGAAGUCUCCCUUCGCAGAAGGGUGGGGUUGGGCGUUCCGCAGUCCUCCCAGGGCCGCUCUGACCUGCCGCUCCGAGGCUUCUCGCCUCCUCUCCAUCGGCCCUCCCACCGCGGCCGCUCACACCCCGCCCCUUUGCCAUCCCAGCGGGUCGUCUUCUCUCGACCGCUCUGGCCCGAGCGUCCCCUCAUCUCUCUGACCUGGCCUAUCCGGCUCCAGGAGGGAGGCGCGGGUGGGUGAGCAAACGAGCGCGUAUAUGGGGUCCAGGACCCGCGCCCCUAAAGACGGGCUCAGCACCCGGCACCCUCUCGCACCCCGCCCACGGCUGGAGGGGCCUCUCCGGGACCGUCGGGGCCUGGCGGGUUCGGGCCCGCACCGCCCUCCCGGCUCCGUGUAUGAAGGCCCUCGCCGAGCUAUAAAGCCCUAGUCCCUUAGGGUGCCCACCCAUAUAUAAAGGCCGUUUCGGCCCGUGGGUCCUGCGUCUGUAGCUGCUGAACACCGUUUAGGGGGGUUCUCCCAGUCCAUGGGGGCCCGUGUUUUUAGGAGUCUCUCACGGUCCCUAGGGGCCAGUUCCGUGCAUAGCGGCUCCAUUUACAGGACCUUCCGUGAGUCUACAGAGCGCACCCCUCGGCUUCUAUAACCUGUCGACAGAAGCCAUUCCCUUUGCAGGGACUGCGUCUCCUGGACCUCCCCGGUCUACAAGGGCAUGCUUCCUCUAUAGAGGCCGCUCACCCCCAGGUGGUGGGGGGGUCCUCGCUGGGUUUUUCGGAUCCAUCCUGUCUCUAAGGGUCGGUGCAGAAGGCGGGCCAUGGCCCUGGGCCAGGCCCUGACCGGAAUGCUGGCCUUGGCCUUGGCGGUGCUGGGCCCGCUAUCACCCGGUGCCAGGGCAGGGGACUGCAAAGGGCAGCGGCAGGUGCUGCGGGAGGCGCCAGGCUUCGUGACGGAUGGUGCGGGCAACUACAGCGUCAAUGGCAACUGCGAGUGGCUCAUCGAGGCCCCAAGCCCCCGGCACCGGAUCCUGCUGGACUUCCUUUUCCUGGACACGGAGUGCACGUACGACUACCUGUUUGUGUAUGACGGUGACUCCCCUCGCGGGCCCCUGCUUGCCAGUCUGAGCGGGAGCACCCGGCCUCCGCCCAUCGAGGCUUCCUCGGGCAAGAUGCUGCUGCACCUCUUCAGCGAUGCCAACUACAACCUGCUGGGCUUCAACGCCUCCUUCCGCUUCUCUCUGUGCCUGGGGGACUGCCGGAGCCACGGGCAGUGCCAGCCCCCAGGUGUGUGUGCCUGUGAGCCGGGCUGGGGUGGCCCGGACUGCGGCCUGCAAGAGUGCUCAGCCUACUGUGGCAGCCACGGCACCUGUGCCUCGCCUCUGGGACCGUGUCGCUGUGAGCCUGGCUUCCUGGGACGUGCCUGUGACCUUCACCUGUGGGAAAACCAGGGGGCUGGCUGGUGGCACAACGUGAGUGCUGGGGACCCCGCCUUCUCUGCCCGUAUUGGGGCAGCUGGCGCCUUCCUGUCCCCUCCGGGGCUGCUGGCUGUUUUUGGAGGCCAGGACCUCAACAACGCCCUGGGCGACCUUGUCCUAUACAACUUCUCCGCCAACACCUGGGAGCGCUGGGAUCUCAGUCCUGCCCCGGCUGCUCGUCACUCCCACGUGGCCGUGGCCUGGGCCGGGUCCCUGGUGCUGAUGGGUGGUGAGCUGGCUGAUGGCUCCCUCACCAGUGAUGUAUGGGCCUUUAAUCCUCUGGGUGGAGGCCGCUGGGAGCUCUUGGCACCGCCUGCCUCCAGCUCCUCAGGGCCCCCAGGUCUAGCAGGCCACGCGGCUGCCCUGGUGGACAAUACCUGGCUCUAUGUGUCUGGUGGCCGCACCCAGCACGACCUCUUCUCCUCCGGCCUCUUCCGGUUCCGCCUUGACAGUGCUGGUGGGGGCCACUGGGAGCCGGUGAUCCCCACGGGCGGGCGGCCCCCUGCUGCCACCGGCCACUCCAUGGUGUUCCAUGCCCCGUCCCGUGCCCUGCUGGUCCACGGGGGACACCGGCCCUCCACUGCCCGGUUCUCUGUGCGGGUGAAUUCCACCGAGCUCUUCCAUGUGGAUCGGCGUGUGUGGACUACUCUUAAGGGCCGAGAUGGACUUCAGGGCCCUCGAGAGCGAGCCUUCCACACAGCCAGCGUAUUGGGCAACUACAUGGUGGUCUAUGGAGGCAACGUGCACACCCAUUACCAGGAGGAAAAGUGCUAUGAAGACGGCAUCUUCUUCUACCACCUUGGCUGCCAUCAGUGGGUGUCAGGGGCUGAGCUUGCACCCCCAGGCACCCCCGAGGGCCGAGCAGCGCCUCCUAGUGGCCGGUACUCACAUGUGGCUGCUGUGCUUGGUGGCAGUGUCCUGUUGGUGGCAGGGGGCUAUAGCGGCCGGCCCCGUGGGGACUUGAUGGCCUACAAGGUGCCCCCCUUCGUGUUCCAGGCACCGGCCCCGGACUACCACCUGGACUAUUGCUCCAUGUACACGGACCACAGCGUCUGCUCCCGAGACCCUGAAUGCAGUUGGUGUCAGGGCGCCUGCCAAGCUGCACCCCCUCCUGGGACCCCCUCAGGGGCUUGUCCAGCGGCCAGCUGCCUGGGCCUAGGCCGCCUCCUGGGUGACUGCCAGGCGUGCCUGGCCUUCAGCAGCUUCACAGCCCCUCCCCGGGGGCCUGGCACCCUAGGGUGGUGCGUGCACAAUGAAAGCUGCCUUCCGCGACCUGAACAAGCCCGCUGCCGUGGGGAGCAGAUCUCAGGCACUGUGGGCUGGUGGGGGCCUGUGCCUGUCUUCGUCACGUCCCUGGAGGCCUGCAUCACCCAGAGCUUCCUGCCUGGCCUGCACCUGCUCACCUUCCAGCAGCCGCCCAAUGCCUCCCAGCCGGACAAGGUCUCCAUCGUCCGCAGUACCACGAUCACCCUGACACCCAGCCCAGAGACAGACGUGUCGCUGGUCUACCGUGGCUUCAUUCACCCACUUCUGCCAGGGGGACCAGGUGGGCCGGGAGCCGAGGACGUGGCUGUGUGGGCCCGGGCCCAGCGUCUCCAUGUCCUGGCUCGGAUGGCCCGUGGCCCUGACACUGAGAACAUGGAGGAGGUGGGGCACUGGGUGGCUCAGCAGGAGAAGGAGAUGAGGCGGCUGCAGCGCCCAGGCUCGGCUCGCCUCUUUCCCUUGCCUGGUCGGGGCCACAAGUAUGCAGUGGAGAUUCGGGGCCAGCUCAAUGGCUCCGCAGGCCCUGGACACAGCGAGCUCACCUUGCUGUGGGACCGGACUGGCGUACCAGGCGGUAGUGAGAUCUCCUUCUUCUUCCUGGAGCCCUACCGCUCGGCGGCCUGCACCUCAUAUUCCUCCUGCCUGGGCUGCUUGGCAGACCAAGGCUGUGGCUGGUGCCUGGCCAGUGCCACCUGCCACCUGCGCCAGGGUGGGGCCCACUGUGGUGACGAUGGGACUGGUGGAUCCCUGCUGGUGCUGGUGCCCACCCUCUGCCCACUCUGUGAGGAGCAUCGUGACUGUCACGCCUGCACCCAGGACCCCUUCUGCGAGUGGCAUCAGAGCACCAGCCGCAAAGGGGACGCAGCAUGCAGCCGGCGGGGCCGGGGCCGGGGUGCCCUGAAGAACCCAGAAGAGUGUCCCCCACUGUGCAGCCAGCGCCUGACCUGUGAGGACUGCCUGGCUAACUCAAGCCAGUGUGCCUGGUGCCAGUCCACCCACACCUGCUUCCUCUUUGCUGCCUACCUGGCCCGGUACCCACACGGGGGCUGCCGCGGCUGGGACGACAGCGUGCACUCAGAGCCGCGGUGCCGGAGCUGUGACCGCUUCCUGACCUGCCACGAGUGUCUGCAGAGCCAUGAAUGUGGCUGGUGCGGCAAUGAGGACAACCCCACACUGGGCCGGUGCCUGCAGGGGGACUUCUCAGGGCCCCUGGGUGGGGGUAACUGCUCCCUAUGGGUAGGGGAGGGCCUGGGGCUGCCCGUGGCCCUCCCAGCCCGCUGGGCAUAUGCUCGCUGCCCAGACGUGGACGAGUGUCGCUUGGGCCUUGCACGGUGCCACCCGCGGGCGACCUGCCUGAACACACCCCUCAGCUAUGAGUGCCACUGCCAGCGAGGCUACCAGGGCGACGGCAGCACGCACUGCAACCGCACGUGCCUGGAGGACUGUGGGCAUGGUGUGUGCAGCGGCCCCCCCGACUUCACCUGCAUGUGUGACCUAGGCUGGACGUCUGACCUGCCACCACCCACACCUGCCCCGGGUCCCCCUGCGCCCCGCUGCUCCCGGGACUGUGGCUGCAACUUCCACAGCCACUGCCAUAAGCGGGGGCCUGGCUUCUGUGAUGAGUGCCAGGACUGGACGUGGGGGGAGCACUGCGAACGGUGCCGGCCCGGCAGCUUCGGCAAUGCCACGGGCUCAGGUGGCUGCCGGCCCUGCCAGUGCAACGGGCACGGGGACCCACGCCGGGGCCACUGCGACAACCUCAGCGGGCUCUGCUUCUGCCAGGACCACACUGAGGGUGCCCACUGUCAGCUCUGCUCCCCUGGCUACUAUGGGGACCCCCGGGCCAGUGGCUCCUGCUUCCGGGAGUGUGGGGGCCGUGCCCUCCUCACCAAUGUGUCCUCGGUGGCACUGGGCUCACGCCGGGUCGGGGGGCUGCUGCCUCCAGGCAGUGGGGCGACGAGAGCUGGGCCAGGACUGUCCUACUGUGUGUGGGUCGUGUCAGCCACCGAGGUGCUCCAGCCAUGUGCCCCUGGGACCCUCUGUCCCCCACUCACCCUCACCUUCUCCCCUGACAGUAGCACCCCAUGCACGCUGAGUUACGUCCUAGCCUUUGAUGGAUUCCCUCGCUUCCUAGACACUGGUGUCGUCCAGUCGGACCGCAGCCUCAUUGCUGCCUUCUGUGGCCAGCGGCGGGACAGGCCCCUCACUGUGCAAGCCCUGUCUGGGCUGCUCGUGCUGCACUGGGAAGCCAACGGCUCCUCGUCCUGGGGCUUCAAUGCCUCAGUGGGCUCUGCCCGCUGUGGGUCUGGGGGCCCUGGGAGCUGUCCUGUCCCCCAGGAGUGCGUGCCCCAGGAUGAGGCUGCAGGCGCUGGGCUUUGCCGAUGCCCCCAGGGUUGGGCUGGCCCACACUGCCGCAUGGCUCUGUGUCCCGAGAACUGCAAUGCCCACAAUGGGGCAGGGACUUGCAACCAGAGCCUGGGCGUGUGCAUCUGUGCUGAGGGCUUUGGGGGCCCUGACUGUGCCACGAAGCUGGAUGGUGGGCAGCUCGUCUGGGAGACCCUCAUGGACAGCCGCCUGUCUGCUGACACUGCUAGCCGCUUCCUGCACCGCUUGGGGCACACCCUGGUGGAGGGACCUGAUGCUACCCUGUGGAUGUUCGGGGGCCUGGGCCUGCCCCAGGGGCUGCUGGGAAACCUGUACAGGUACUCAGUGAGUGAGCGACGGUGGACACAGAUGCUGGCGGGAGCCGAGGAUGGGGGCCCAGGCCCUUCCCCCCGAUACUUCCAUGCGGCUGCCUAUGUUCCUGCCGGCCGUGGUGCCAUGUACCUGCUGGGGGGGCUCACAGCUGGGGGUGUCACCCGUGACUUCUGGGUCCUCAACCUCACCACCCUGCAGUGGCGUCAGGAGAAAGCUCCUCACACCGUGGAGCUGCCAGCAGUUGCAGGUCACACCCUUACUGCCCGCCGUGGUCUGUCUCUGCUUCUGGUGGGCGGUUACUCCCCCGAAAAUGGCUUCAACCAGCAGCUGCUUGAGUACCAGCUGGCAACUGGCACCUGGGUGUCUGGAGCCCAGAGCGGGACACCCCCUACAGGUCUCUAUGGUCAUUCUGCCGUCUACCAUGAGGUCACGGACUCCCUGUAUGUGUUUGGUGGCUUCCGCUUCCAUGUGGAGCUGGCCGCCCCUUCUCCGGAGCUUUACUCCCUGCACUGCCCUGACCGCACCUGGAGCCUGCUGGCCCCUUCUCAGGGGGCAAAGCCCCGCCCACGACUUUUCCAUGCUGCAGCCCUGCUAGGGGACACCAUGGUGGUCCUGGGGGGGCGCUCGGACCCCGGCGAGUUCAGCAGUGACGUUCUACUCUACCAGGUCAACUGCAAUGCCUGGAUCCUGCCUGACCUCACCCGCCUGGCCUCUGUGGGGCCCCCGAUGGAGGAGUCCAUAGCCCACGCCGUGGCAGCAGUGGGCAGCCGCCUUUACAUCUCUGGGGGCUUUGGGGGCGUGGCCCUGGGCCGUCUGCUAGCUCUGACCCUGCCCCCUGACCCUUGCCGCCUGCUGCCCUCGUCCGAAGCUUGUAACCAGUCUGGGGCCUGCACCUGGUGCCAUGGGGCCUGCUUGUCUGGGGACCAGGCCCACAGGUUGGGCUGUGGGGGUCCUCCCUGCUCCCCAAUGCCUCGCUCCCCCGAGGAGUGUCGACGCCUCCGGACCUGCAGUGAGUGCCUUGCCCGCCAUCCCCGAACCCUGCAGCCUGGUGAUGGAGAGGCAUCUGCCCCACGCUGUAAGUGGUGUACCAACUGCCCUGAGGGCGCCUGCAUCGGGCGCAAUGGAUCCUGCACCUCGGAGAAUGACUGUCGAAUCAACCAGCGAGAGGUCUUCUGGGCGGGGAACUGCUCUGAGGCUGCGUGUGGGGCUGCCGACUGUGAGCAGUGCACGCGGGAGGGCAAGUGCAUGUGGACACGGCAGUUCAAGAGGACAGGGGAGACCCGCCGCAUCCUCUCAGUGCAGCCCACAUAUGACUGGACAUGCUUCAGCCACUCCCUGCUGAACGUGUCUCCCAUGCCAGUGGAGUCAUCACCCCCACUGCCCUGUCCAACCCCUUGUCACCUCCUGCCCAACUGUACUUCCUGCCUGGACUCCAAGGGUGCGGACGGGGGCUGGCAGCACUGCGUCUGGAGCAGCAGCCUCCAGCAGUGCCUGAGCCCCUCCUACUUGCCCCUGCGAUGUAUGGCCGGAGGCUGCGGGCGGCUGCUCCGGGGCCCCGAGAGCUGCUCCCUGGGCUGUGCUCAGGCAACCCAAUGUGCCCUGUGCCUACGGCGCCCCCACUGUGGCUGGUGUGCCUGGGGGGGCCAGGAUGGUGGCGGCCGGUGCAUGGAGGGUGGACUCAGUGGCCCCCGUGAAGGGCUGACGUGUGGGCGUCCUGGGGCCUCCUGGGCCUUCCUGUCCUGCCCCCCUGAGGACGAGUGUGCAAACGGGCACCAUGACUGCAACGAGACGCAGAACUGUCAUGACCGGCCUCACGGCUACGAGUGCAGCUGCAAGACAGGCUACACCAUGGACAACAUGACAGGGCUCUGCCGCCCCGUGUGUGCCCAGGGCUGUGUGAACGGCUCGUGCGUGGAGCCCGACCACUGCCGCUGCCACUUUGGCUUUGUGGGCCGCAACUGCUCCACAGAGUGCCGCUGCAACCGCCACAGCGAGUGUGCUGGUGUAGGGGCACGCGACCACUGCCUACUCUGCCGCAACCACACCAAGGGCAGCCACUGUGAGCAGUGCCUCCCACUGUUUGUGGGUUCAGCUGUGGGGGGCGGGACCUGCCGGCCCUGCCACGCCUUCUGUCGUAGCAACAGCCAUGUCUGCGUCUCCAAGAAGGAACUUGAAAUGGCCAGGAGGGAGCCAGAGAAGUAUUCACUGGAUCCAGAGGAGAUUGAAAACUGGGUGGCAGAGGGCCCCAGCGAAGAUGAGGCCGUGUGUGUGAACUGCCAGAAUAACAGCUAUGGGGACAAAUGCGAGAGCUGCCUCCACGGCUACUUCCUCCUGGAUGGAAAGUGCACCAAGUGCCAGUGUAAUGGCCACGCGGACACAUGUAAUGAGCAGGACGGGACAGGCUGCCCGUGUCAGAACAACACAGAGACGGGCACCUGCCAGGGCAGCUCCCCCAGUGACCGCCGAGACUGCUACAAGUACCAGUGCGCCAAGUGCCGGGAGUCUUUCCACGGGAGCCCACUGGGUGGCCAGCAGUGCUACCGCCUCAUCUCGGUGGAGCAGGAGUGCUGCCUGGACCCCACGUCACAGACCAACUGCUUCCAUGAGCCCAAGCGCCGGGCCCUGGGCCCCGGCCGCACCGUCCUCUUUGGUGUGCAGCCCAAGUUCACCAAUGUGGACAUCCGCCUCACACUGGACGUGACCUUCGGUGCCGUGGACCUCUAUGUCUCCACCUCCUAUGACACCUUUGUGGUCCGUGUGGCCCCUGACACUGGCGUCCACACUGUGCACAUCCAGCCGCCCCCACCCCCACCACCCCCACCACCCCCUGCUGAUGGCGGACCACGAGGGGCCGGGGAUCCAGGAGGACCGGGGGCUGGGAGUGGGCCAGGCACCCCAGCAGAGCCACGGGUGCGGGAGGUGUGGCCACGUGGCCUAAUCACCUACGUGACGGUGACAGAGCCAUCAGCAGUGCUGGUGGUACGUGGUGUGCGGGACCGGCUGGUUAUCACCUACCCUCAUGAGCAUCACGCCCUCAAGUCCAGCCGCUUCUACCUGCUCCUGCUGGGUGUGGGAGACCCAAGUGGGCCUGGUGCCAAUGGCUCGGCCGACUCACAGGGUCUGCUCUUCUUCCGGCAAGACCAGGCCCACAUCGACUUAUUUGUUUUCUUCUCUGUCUUCUUCUCCUGCUUCUUCCUCUUCCUCUCGCUCUGUGUGCUCCUCUGGAAGGCCAAGCAGGCCCUGGACCAGCGGCAGGAGCAGCGCCGGCACCUGCAGGAGAUGACCAAGAUGGCUAGCCGCCCCUUUGCCAAGGUUACAGUCUGCUUCCCACCAGACCCUGCCGCCCCAACCCCUGCCUGGAAGCCGGCUGGACUCCCACCACCCACCUUCUGCCGCUCAGAGCCCUUCCUGGCACCUCUGUUGCUGACGGGGGCUGGUGGGCCCUGGGGACCUGUGGGAGGGAGCUGCUGCCCACCAGCCGUGCCCACCACUACUGCCGGCCUGCGAGCUGGGCCCAUUACCCUGGAGCCCACUGAAGAUGGCAUGGCAGGUGUGGCCACGCUGCUGCUCCAGCUGCCUGGCGGGCCCCACGCACCCAAUGGUGCCUGCCUCGGCUCAGCCCUUGUCACACUGAGGCACAGGCUGCACGAGUACUGCGGAGGCAGCGGAGGCGCUGGCGGCAGUGGGCAUGGGACUGGUGGAGGCCGGAAGGGACUGUUGAGCCAGGACAACCUCACCAGCAUGUCCCUCUGACCCACUGUGGGGUCUCAGCCACAGCAGCCCAUCCCCCUGAUGGGGCCAGCCUACACUUCGGGCCCUUCUGCCUGGGGACCCUGGACACUCUCUCCUCAGAGACUUCGGGUUUCCUUCCCCCUGGGGGUUCCCAGACAGGGCGUCUAUCGUUCCGCAUUCAACAAUUAUUUAUUGAGCACCUAUUAUGUGCCAGGCACUGUUACAGACAUGGGGUAAAGCAGGAACCAAGUCAGCCAGGAUUCCUGAUUGCAUGGAACUUAGGUUCUGGUGACAAUCAACACAUGCAGAGAUGGUCGAGUAAGCUCAUUUCAGAGAAGGAGGAGCGCUGGGAACAGCAAUGGGGUGUUGCAGUCAGGGGCCACGGGGCUAACGUCAUUGGGCAUUCAGAGAAGUUAAAUACUGAGUAGGAACCAGCCUUGAGAAGAGCUUUGGGAAGCAGGUUCCUGGCAGGGGGCACAGCAAGGGCAAAGGUCCUGAGGUGGAAACCAGCUUAUUUUAUUGGAAGGACCAGAAAGCUGACCAGUGUGACCUGACUGUGAGGAGAUGAGGUUGGUGACAGGCAGGGGCUUAGUGGGCCCCAGAAGGGUUUUGGGCUUUAUUCUCAGGGCAUUGGGAGCCGUUGGACAGUUUUAUGAGUAGGAGUGACAGGAUCCAACAUAUCUGUUUAAGAGGGCACUCUGCUUUGGUGUGGGAAGUGGAUGGUAGGGGGCAAAAGUGGCAGCCAGGGAACAGCCUGAUCAGGUGGCAGGAGUGAAGGAGUCAGGAAUGGAUAUAGGGUAUGCAUUCAUGCACGACGGUAGGACAUAAGGAUGGCGUGGAUGGCAGGUUUGAGGGAAGGGAGGAAUCCAGAUGACCCCUAACUUUGUGGCCUGAAAUGUGGCUGUACGGUUGGGUUAUUUAUUGAGAUGAGGACCACUGGGGUUUGAGGGGAAGAUUAAGAGUCCAGUUUUAGUGAGGAGAUAUCCUUUCAGCAACCCUUCAGUCAGAUCCAACCAGGCAAACAAAUCGCUUAGAGUAUUUAAAGAGAAGGAAUUGAAUGCAGGGGAUUGGUAGCACUGGUGAGGGAAGGGGCUGAAGGGAGGCGGGACAGAGAGGCUGCCUAGAGGUGAGCAGGAGCAGGAAGCUGCUGCUGCCACCCCCAGGCUGGAGGGAUCAUGUGUAGUGGUGGUGGUAUUGCAGCCCAGGGGCCAGGGUCACCCAGAGAAGCUGAAACAACAGGUGCCUGACCAGAGAGGGUGGGAGUCUUAGAGGAGUCAAAGGCACUGCCAGAGAUGCUGCCCCAGGCAGGGGUGGGAGCGCCAGGGUUGGAAAUAGAAAUGCUGGAGUCAUCAACAUCUGUCUUCUCAGUGCUGCCUCAAAGACUCCUGGCCUCUCCCCAGAGGCUUUCCCCCACCCCAGCCUCCUUCUCGGACUGCUGAGCUCUCCCACUCCUUGAGGACAUUCCCAAAAAAGACGAAACCAAAAACCUAGCCAUGUUGAACUCAAGACGACUCUUUUCUAAGACUCCAUCCUGGGUCCUGCAUCUCCCCUCAGCUGCGGACCUCAGGCCCCACCCAAAGGGAAGCCUCUUCAAGUGUGCUUGUCAGAGGCUGGACGGCUGGCCUGGAGAGGAGGCGAGUGUGGGAUCAACAAAUAAAGAGUGUGGGGAAGAC